AUGGAUACAUCUCAAAGUCACAACUAGUGAAUUUAAAUUCCAUUGGUAUCUAUCCUCCCUGGUUUAGCAAAGAAAGUUCUAAACUUGGCACAAGUUACCAACCAACUAAGAACAAGUGGAAUUUCCUUGGUGUCUUUUUCCUUCAGGGUUCACACACAUUCUCUUCUUAGGAGGGUUCUGAUUCCGAGGUUGGAAAUGUCUGCAGCAGUGUCCUCCACAACUCCUCAUUUAGAGGAAGAGCUCAAAAACAAAGUAACAGACAACAACAACGUUGGUGGAGAGCCAGACCAAGAGCAGGUUCCUUACAGUGAUGGUGCCAACUCUGAUGUUGCUGAAGAAACUGAGCCUGAGGAAGAUGAUGAAUCCAAGUUGGAAUCUGACAGAGAACUUGAUCUUGGCCCUCAGGUCACCCUCAAGGAACAGCUUGAGAAAGAUAAGGAUGAUGAGAGUUUGAGAAAAUGGAAGGAGCAACUUCUGGGAAAAGUUGAUAUGUCUGUGGUUGGACUUGGAGAAAGUAAAGACCCUGAAGUGAAGAUAUUGAGCCUCACUAUUACAAGCCCAGACAGGCCUGACCUCAUCCUCCCAAUUCCAUUCACUAAUGAUCCUAAGAAAAGUCUCUUCAUCCUUAAGGAAGGAAGCAAAUGCCGCACGAAAUUCACUUUCACUGUCUCCAGCAACAUCGUUUCUGGUCUCAAAUAUACAAAUCUUGUUUGGAAAACCGGCGUUAGAGUGGGCAGCAGAAAGAAGAUGUUUGGAACUUUUAGUCCUCAGCAGGCACCAUAUACGUAUGAAUUGGAAGAAGAAACUAUCCCUUGUGGCAUGUUUGCAAGGGGAACCUAUGCUGCAAGAACCAAGUUUGUAGAUGACGAUCGAAAAUGCUACUUAGAUGUCAAUUACUACUUCGAAAUUCAGAAGAAUUGGGCAACACCUCAAUGAGAUAGAAACUAGAAGGAAAAUUUUCUUCCUCCGGCAUCUUGUGUUUAUCUGUUGUUUCAAAUUGGAUCUCAACUUAUUUAUCAAAUCCAUUUAGCAAAAUUGUGCACAUGCAUGCUACAUGCUAGUGUCAACCCCUACCCUUUUUCCCCCUACUUUUCUGUUAUUUUUCCUUUUGAUGUGAAAAAUAAAAAAUAUAUAUCACUCUAAUUUUUACUGUGUCA